UUGUAAUCGAUUUACACAGAUAUGGAGACCGAGACGAGCCAACCCGCUCUUACCCCGGUUGAAAUUGAGCUAAUUCAAGAAUAUGAUAGUCGCGCCUUUGGGUUCCUGAAGUUCACAAGCCCUGAGGAAGAAGGGAAGCGAAGCCUCAUUGUCAAGGCCAUCGAAUACUAUGAGUCUCAGAUCAAGGAGCAGGCCAAGCAAGACAAGACCAAGCCAGAGGGCACCCUGAAUAUCACUAAGGUGGACCCCACUGUGUAUUCCACACUGGGGCACCUUCAGCUUCUCAUGGAGGACUUCCCUAAAGCCCUUUCAUCUUACCAGAAGUACUUCAACCUCCAGCAGGACUAUUGGAAGAAUGCUCCCUUCCUUUAUGGCCUUGGGAUUGUGUAUUUUCACUUUAACGCCUUUCAGUGGGCAAUCAAGGCGUUUCAGCAGGUGCUUUAUACUGAUCCAGGGUUCAGCCGAGCUAACGAGAUCCACAUUCGCCUGGGGUUGAUGUUCAAAGUCAACUCGGAUUAUGAGACCAGUGUAAAGCAUUUCCGCCUGGCCCAGAACGACUCGAGUCCGUCGACUUUGUCCAAGCAUGAGAGUUCACCAGUGACCAGGCAUCAGGAUGCUUAA